AGCCGCCAUGAGCAAGAGGAACCAAGUGUCUUAUGUGCGGCCGGCCGAGCCGACUUUCCUGGCUCGCUUCAAAGAACGGGUCGGCUACAGGGAAGGGCCCACCGUGGAAACGAAGAGAAUCCAACCUCACCUCCCAGAUGAUGAUGGUGAUCAAAGUGACAAAGAAGAUGAACAACCCCAAGUGGUGGUUUUAAAAAAGGGAGAUUUAUCAGCUGAAGAAGUCAUGAAAAUUAAAGCAGAAAUAAAGGCUGCCAAUGCAGAUGAAGAACCAGUUUCAGCUGAUGGGAGAAUCAUGUAUCGAAAGCCAGCCAAGCGUUCCUCAGAAGAAAAGUAUUCCGGUUUAACAGCAAGCUCAAAAAAGAAAAAGACUCAGGAAGAGGAAGUCAAAAAGCAGGACUCUGAGAAAAAGAACUCACAAAAACAAAUCAAAAAUAGUAGUCUUCUUUCUUUUGGCAAUGAAGAUGAAAAUGAGUAGAAUUAAAUUUGGACUUAAAUCCUCUAAGAAUAUAUGGGUACCCCCUAUUGUAAAGAGAAGGCAUUACAGAAAAUUUAGGGAGAAAAUAAAAAAAAAAAAUAGGAAAAAGUUAUCCACAGUAUCCCCUUAACCUGAAACAACAAUGUAAAUAUUAAGUACUAAUUUUUUUGUUUUUGUUUGGUUGCUGCACCUGAUGGUGCUCAGGCCUUACUCCCGGAUCUGUGCCAAGAGAUCAACUCUGGCAAGGCUUGGAGUUUUUAUGU